CCCAUCGAUGAGAUAACCACGUGAUAUCGCGAUAAGGCGUGUCAGAUUCCGUCACGCGUCGAGUUGCUUAGAUUGACCGUGAUGAAUCUUAUUCCCGCUGAGCACACCGCAAGCAUCGGUGUAUUUCAAUGAGAUCCUCCUUUAUUUAGUGUAACAUCUAUAUACCCUCUGAUGAUGCCCGCUGUUGGUGACCAACAUCGAGGCAAUCCGACAUGUAUCAUGAUGCCCAACGCGACCGAUGCCAAGACAGCAAAUCCAUUUGAGGAAUCCCCUCGCCGCAUGAGCGAGUAUACGGCUCAGGAAAUUGCCACAUUGCAAGCACGUCUCGAUAAGAAACUCGGCCCAGAAUACAUCUCUUCCAGACCAGGCGCCGCGGGACAGAGAGUCCAUUAUCUAGCUGCUGACAAGUGCAUCAACCUUGCCAAUGAAGUUUUUGGAUUCAAUGGAUGGUCGAGUUCGAUACAACAAAUCCAGAUCGACUUUGUCGAUGAAAGCCAAAACACGGGGAAAAUUAGCUUGGGACUGUCGGUGGUAGUGAGGGUGACCCUGAAGGACGGGACUUAUCACGAGGACAUCGGGUAUGGUCAUAUUGAAAAUUGCAAGGGGAAAGCUGCGGCUUUCGAAAAAGCCAAGAAAGAAGGAACCACAGAUGCAUUGAAGCGUACAUUGCGGAAUUUUGGCAAUGUGCUGGGCAAUUGCAUCUAUGAUAAGGAGUACGUCUCAAAGGUGACGAAAGUGAAGACCGCACCUGCCCGAUGGGACGUGGAUGACCUUCACCGGCAUCCCGAUUUUGCACCGAUCAAAAAAGAGCCAGUACAGCGGAAGCCAAUUCCAGAAGAUGAUGAUCUCCCUCCUCGUCCAACAGACACUGUGAAGAACAGCGGUGCCUCAGUUGAUACUGCCUUUGAUGUCGAUGGAGAGUUUGGAAGUGACUUAUUCGACGAAGCGGACUUUGGGGUUGGCACAACUGGAAACCCAGAUGAAGUAGUAAUAGGCCCUGAUACACAGAGAUUUCAGCAACAACCAACACCGGUAAACCGCCAAAACGGCCCAGCCCCCUACCGAGGCCCUCCACAGCAUAAUCUUGCCGCUGCAGGGAGACCAAGUUCCGCUAUUGUCACACCAUCCAAAUCCGAAAGGCCUCUCAACCAAGCACUUGCAGCUAGGCAAAUACCACCUCCUGCUCUUAAUUCUAGACCAACCCCCGCUGUGCCCCCUCAAAACAUACAACGCAACCUCUCUAAUGGAGGAACAUUACCACCUGGUCAACAAAAGUCUAAUCAGGACACAGACCUGCCCGGUGCAGGGGGUCAGGUGCCCAUCAAGCAGGAACCGGUCUCUAAUUUCAAUGAUCCUAGACCCAAGGACAUGCUUCCACCUGGCAGCUCACCUAUGCCAUCCGCUUCAUUCUUCUCAGCCCGAGCAGUCGAUCUUUUACGGGACAAUCCACAAUCUGGCGCGGCUCCUCCGUUCGACCCCCACGCAGAAAGUCCAUCGAUUCGUAAGACAGCAGGCGUUGACCACAGCAAGAGUGUCCCGAUCUCGAAACCCAUGCUUACCGGUGCAUCACCCGUCUCCAACAACUCCCGGGACUUCAUCAAUCCCGCUACAGAUAUGCAUCGGAAGAUCGGCGCCCCCGGUAGUGGUGGAGCCAGUAGUCCGAUGAAUCGAGGCCAGACGACCUCGUCUUACCGCCCGUUGACAAGACCGAACAUUGACCCCAGAAACGCGGCUAAUGCUGCCGCUGCAAAUCGGGCCGUUGGACCACAGAAUUUGAACGGGAAACGGCCCCCUUUGAGUGAUGUGACCAAUGCAUCCACCCCGGGCGGCAGCGGGUCUGCUCCUGUUGGUGGUAUAACUGACCAGAAGAGGCCGAGAUUCAACGAGGGUCCUAUACAGCAGCAGCAGCAGCAACAACAGCAGCAAUAAAGUGGCCAUGAUUAUGUGGAGAAUGUCCGGACGUUGCAUCAUUAGUGGCGGUCUUAUGGGUAGUUCAAGGAAUAUGGCGCUAAGGAGUACGUAAUAGGUAAUAGGGCUCCGGAUACAAAUGCU